GAGGACGAGGAGGAGGGGGAGGAGGAGGCAACCGGGACGUUGGCCCUCGUGGGCCAGCACGUGCACAGCGCGCCGCGCCGAAGCGUGGCGUCUGCCUGCCGCACGGCUGUGCUACGGGCCGCGCCCUCGGCCGUCCGCUCCAAGAAGCUCGGCACCCGCUCUCUUGGCUGCUCCACGGGCUGCGCCCCCGGCCGCCAGACCACCAAGGUGCCUGGUGCUGGCGACCCGCCAAACCCGAUCACCCCUGCGGGAAGUUGCGCCACACGCCACGCCCUCGGCAGGCAGAGCCCUCGUGUGCGGCACAGGCUGCGCCCGCCUGCGCCAAAAACUCACCGACCGACUGCGCCCGCAGCCGCCGAGUCGGCAAGACCCAGCAGGACGUUCAUGCGAUUGGCUGUGUGGCGGGAAGCGCCAUCGGCCGCGAGGGCUUCACACGAGCUGCUGCUGGUUGCGCUAUGGGUACUGUGCCCUCAGCCGCGAGCACUGCAACGCGUCCUGCUUUCCGCCGCGCCAUCGUCUGCGCCACCGGCGAAACGCCAGGAACGCCCAGCAGACAUGCCUGCCGCUGCGGCAGGAGCGUGCCGCGUUCUCCAGGAGGAGGGGCCCACGAGGAAGGGGAGGCCGGAGCGCGAGGGGUCCCGAGGCGAGAGAGAGGCGGGAGGGGGGAGAGCGCACGGAGCGGCGUGGUCAGGCACGCGAGAACACGGUAUUCUCCAAAAGCUCGUUGGCCUAUGCCGUGGCUGACUGGCCACGUGCUCCCAGGCAGAGAAUCGGCCACAUUCGAAAAAGGGCGGUGGCUGCCCGACAUCCAGGCAGUCCACCUGGGUAA